AUGAAUUCUGGAAAUAUUCCUUUGGCCGUUGCUGAUCCCGAGAUGUGGCAGUUGAUCAGGAAAGAGAAGGAGAGACAAAAAAGAGGCCUAGAGUUAAUUGCAUCUGAGUCUGAUCUUGAUUAUGAAUCAAGAAUCAACUCUUCUGUAUUUCCAUCUCUUCAGGGUGGACCACAUAAUCAUGCAAUCGCUGGUGUAGCUGUCGCUUUGAAAGAGGCCACAUCAAAUGAAUUCCGAGCUUAUUGUGAACAAGUCUUGAAAAACGCCAAAGCUUUUGCCGAUGCGUUAGUGGCCAAGGGAUAUUCAUUGGUCUCUGGUGGAACCGAUAAUCAUCUUUUACUAUUGAAUUUACGAGAUAAAGGACUUGACGGUGCAAGAUUAGAGGCUCUUCUCAACCAUUGUGACAUAAUUGGUAAUAAAAACACUUGUCCUGGCGACAAAUCCGCUCUAUUUCCUGGUGGAAUCCGACUUGGUGCUCCCGCUUUGACUACUCGAAACUUUGUGGAAUCAGAUUUUACCAAAGUGGCCGAUUUUAUCGAUGAAGGUGUUCAGUUGUCUCUCAAAGUUAAAGCUUCAUGUGGUAAAACUGUCAAUGAUUUCAAGAAAUUCAUCACCACCGACGAGGAAACAAUUAAGCAAAUCGCUGACAUUAGAAGACGUGUAAACGAAUGGGCAAGCACAUUCCCAAUGCCUGGUUACGAUGAUCAUUAAUUGUUCACAAUUAACCUAUCAAAUAAGUGGCACCAUAACAAUCAUCAUCUAAAGGGAUCGGAAAAAUUUACAGAAUUGAGGUUAAUCAGAGAAAGUUUUUCACUAAUUAGUGCCAUUUAACUAACUAAUAUUUUAUUGAGCUUAUCACCAGUCAUACAAAAAUAUUAACAAUUAAACGAUGACAAAUUAUCAACUUUAAAUUGAUAAUAA